CAAAGGGCCAUCUUGACAUCUGGACGCCUGAUCAUUAUCUUUCUUCGGCAAUUUCUUCCUCCGUCUGUUCCGACGCUUCGAUUUCUUGUUCAUAGUCUAUGAACCUAGCUCACUCGCUCGCAAACUAGGCAAUCCGCACUCUGCCUCACACUCAUUAUCCAUUCAUGUCUCUCAUUUAGCCCGGCUAUACCAAUCAUCAUGAUCACCCAGUUGAUCUUGGGCCUCUCGGUUCUGAGUGGCGUGACGAACGGCUACGUUCCACACCACGCGCAUCAUGGAAGACAUGGCAUGGGUGCCAGACUUCAGCAACAUGCAGAAGCUGCUUCGUCUGUCAACUCGUCCUCUUCGUCGACACCGCCUACCCUCUUGAAGCGAGACAAUGAUCCAAGCAACAUGGAGUGGAUCAAACGCUGGGCAGCCAUUGGCGAUAGCUACACAGCCGGCAUCGGUGCUGGAAGACCUCUCGGCCACAGGAUUACCGAGGACGAGGUAGCUAUCAGAGUGCCUAGUGGGCUUGAUGAGGUUCGAGACAACUGGAAGUGUGCCAGAUAUGACAUGGCGUACCCUAAGGUCAUAGAGGCACAGUUUGGUGCCCACGUCGAAAAGGACGGCGGCUUCCAGUACCUCGCCUGCAGCGGCGAUCGUUCUGAACAGAUCUACCAGCAGGCACAAGCCUUGAAGGGCGACCUCGAUUUCGUCACUUUUACAUCUGGUGGAAACGACCUCUGCUUGGCCAAAAUGAUCGCGGACUGCAUCAUGCUGCCCUAUGGCAAGACAUCAGCCUGUGAAACGGUCAUCAAAAAGGCCCAGGAUAAUGCCAAGAACAUUAUCAUGGACAACAUCUUUCAGAUUCUGGAAGCGCUCAACGAGAAAAUGAACGAGGACGGUAUCGUCGUCGUUAACAGCUACGCUCAAUUCUUCGACACACAGAAGGACAAUUGCGAUCGCCAGUCGUGGGAUGUCUUGUGGUUCCUCCCAUUAGGUUCCUCGUACCGGGCUCUUACUAUUGAACGUCGCCACACCUUCAAUCAGCUGGUGUUAGACAUCAAUCAAGCGAUCCGCGACGCCGUCGACAAAGCUGCCAAGAGCGAUAAGAUCAAGUACAAGGUUGGCUACGCGGAUUGGGACUACUGGGUUUCGAACGAGGUGGACGCCCGAAUGUGCUCGCCGACUAGCAAUGGCGACUAUCCGGACCCCAAACAACCAGAUAUGCACUUCAUCAAGCCCGACACACACCCCUGGUUUGAAUGGCAAAGUGAUUUCGAACGGACGGAGCUACGCAAGCGCGAUAUGGACUUUGAGGAGAUACUGAACUCGACCAGGCUCUCGAACUCGGAAAAACGCCAGGUUAACCGCGUCAGGGCUAUGAUGGAGGCUCGCGACAGAAACCUGGAACGCUCACUUUACGACUCCAUUCUUUACAAGUCACCUGACCCUCGUGCUGCCGUCAAGCACAAGCUCGACGCGCGGGCUCCCUCACCCCCAGGCUGCCCUGGGGAUGGCGGCGCAGACAUGACCUUUGGCAUGGGCAUGCCCGACACCGUUGGCCGUAACUUCCAUCCCAAUGAAGCCGGUCACCUAACCAUAGCUUCCUUCGCCCUUUCAGAACUCAUGGAUCUGCGCUCGAUCGCUCUGGGUGUAGACUCUCCCGCCUGUACCGUCAAAGACGAAUUUACCUGUUUCUCCAAGACCGGCAGCAAGUUCUAUGUCAGCGGCAACCGCACUAAUGAGAACUACGAGGGCUUUUGCAAAGAGGUCGAGGACAAGCACGACAAGAACAAGAUCAAUUGGAGCUACUCCAAGACCUAUGACGAAGGAACACCAGAGCAGCACGACUACGUCGUCACUCUCGGCAAUGGUGUCUCAGCAUUCGACAAAGACGAGUGCGUCGAGUCCAUGAAGAAGAUUAUCAAUUCGUGCGAUACAUCCGAUAACCCAAUGAACUGGAAGGGCGGCGGCCGCUACAUCCGCGGUGGCGGAGACUAUAAGUAUGAGCUCAACCCCCGGCGUAACAAUCGACCUUGGCCACCGCCAAAAGCGCCUUACGGCCGCUGUGAGGGCUGGUAUAAGGUGUUCAACGGACGAUACAAGGUCGAGGGUGCUGGCUUCUCGACCUGGGAUCAUGGACAAAAGACUCUUCGGCCGAACAUGGAUAGCUGUUAUGGUCUUGGUACAACCUAUUGGAAGUUUGAGUACUUUGACAACCCCGCCGAUCAUGAUGGACAUGAAUGGUAUGCGACUUUUAGUACGCCAAUUUGGGUUCGUGCAAGGUGUUGGGCGAAUAAUAAGAUUGUUAAGGCGGCGGGUGGGUGGACGAACGGCUGUAAGGGUAAUGAUUGAGUAGUUACUCUGGCUUGUUUAGGGUCUUGUCGGAUAGACUCAGUGCCUGCCUCACAAUUGCAGCUAUGCCUUGUUUCAUACACAUGUGCCCCCAGUCUCACUGUCAAGCAAUUUUUCUCCGCGUAUACCUUCCGAUGCGAAAA